CCCCCCGCCUGGUCGCACUAAAAUCGCUCUGCUUUUUUUUAGUUGUUGUGAAUUAAAUUAAUUAAUGCUGAUUUAAGCGAAUUUAAGCAAUUUCGAGGCUGUGCGAAGAGCCGGUCAAGCGGUUUAGCCAUGAAUUUCCCGCUGGCGAGCGCCAACAACAAGGAGAGCCUGCGGGCGGCCUGCAAGAAAUGCGGCUACGCCGGUCACCUGACUUAUCAAUGCCGCAAUUUUCUCAAGGUGGAUCCGAACAAGGAGAUACUGCUGGAUGUGGAGAGCACCAGUUCGGAUUCGGAGCUGGAUUACCUCACGCCGCUCACGGAGUUGCGGGCCCAGGAGCUGAAAAGCGGCAACAGCGCCGCCAAUCCAGCGGAUGCACUGCAUCCUCCAUCGCUUCCCUUGGAGAAAAAGCAGCCGAAGAAGAAGCAGCCCAAGAAGAAGCACAAGAAGAGGAGCAGCAAUAGCAAAGAUAAGGAGAAGGAGAAAUCCCUGAGGAAGCACAAGAAGCAACACCACAGCAAGAAAAGCAGGAAGCACAAAUUAAAAUCCAGUUUGGAGCAACUGCAGCAGCAGAGUAAAACCAAAACAACGGGCAAGCGACCCAGCAGCGGCAGCAGCAGCAAAAAGAGCAAGAGACGCCGGUCAUCCUCCACCAGCGAGGAAUCCUCCAGUAGCAGCAGCUCCUCCUCAUCCUCCUCCAGUUCCUCCUCUUCAGAGGAUUCCGACUCUGAUAGCGAGGAUAGCACCUCCACCAGCGAUUCCAGCGACAACGAGGAGAGCAGCACCAGCGAAUCCGAUGAGUAUGGGCGCAAAAAGAAGCGACAAGGCAAAUACAAGCGCAAAUCCUCGGACAACUCGGCCAUGCUGCGUCGCAAGAAGACCAAGGUGAAGCGGAAGCGACAUCGCGCCGGCGGCUCUGGUGGCCCACAGGCGGGCAGCAGCUACCUGAGCAGCCUCAGCGACAGCAGCACCUACUGAUUACCGAUUAGAAUGAGAAUCUG